CCGGCCACUCAGGGGGCGUGGGCUCGGGCAGCCCUGACGUCACGACCCACCCCCACGAGGUAUUUACCUUCGAAAAGUGGUGGCGGCUGCAGUCUGGGCCCAGGCCCCGUGCCCCUGAAGAUAUGGAGUUUGUGUCUGGAUACCGGGAUGAGUUCCUUGAUUUUGCUGCCCUCCUCUUUGGCUGGUUCCACAAGUUCGUGGCUGACCGUGGAGCUGUGGGGGCCAGCCUUGAGGGGCGCUGGCGACAGCUGGAGACUCAGAUCAGAAGGCUGCCCCAGGACCCUGCCCUUUGGGUGCUCCAUGUCUUGCCCAACCGCAGUGUGGGCAUCAGCCUGGGGCAAGGGGCAGAGCCAGGCCCUGGACCAGGCCUGGAGGCUGCCCGGCUCCUGGGAGAUGAGCCCCCACUGCACCUGCAAGACCUAAGCCCCUACGUCAGCUUCGUCAGCCUGGAAGAAGGGGAGGAAGGGGAGGAGGAGGAUGAAGAAGAAGAGAAUGGAGGGGGGGAGGGCGCAGGCGCAGGCACAGAGAAAGCAGAACCAGAGGAAAAUGGGGAGCCAGGCCCUACCAGCAGGGAGUCCCCCCAGGCAGCAAAGCCUCCAGGGGAGCCAGAAGACGCUGAGCAGGAGGCAGGAGGUGGUGAGGAUGGCUGCCGAGAGGACAGGGCAGAGGACGAAAGAGAGCCUGAGAGGAGAAAGGGACGGAGAAAUGAGGCUGCCCCCCUGCACCUUUCCUGCCUCUUACUGGUGACGGAUGAACAUGGGACCAUCUUGGGCAUUGACCUGCUAAUGGAUGGAGCCCAGGGGAGUGCAGGCAGAGGCUCAGGGACAGAGAACAUGGCUCCUCGGGCCUACAUUCUCCUCUGCCACAGCAUGGCCUGCCCCAUGGGCUCUGGAGACCCCCGAAAGCCCCGGCAGCUUACUGUGGGAGAUGCCCAGCUGCAUCGAGAGCUGGAGAGUCUGGUCCCAAGGCUAGGAGUGAAGUUAGCCAAGACUCCAAUGCGGACGUGGGGUCCCCGGCCAGGUUUCACCUUUGCCUCCCUUCGGGCUCGAACCUGCCAUGUUUGUCACAGGCACAGCUUUGAAGUGAAGCUAACACCCUGUCCCCAGUGCAGUGCUGUCUUGUACUGCGGAGAGGCUUGUCUCCGGACUGACUGGCGCCGGUGCCCAGAUGAUGUGAGCCAUCGAUUUUGGUGCCCAAGGCUUGCAGCCUUCAUGGAGCGGGCAGGAGAACUGGCAACACUGCCUUUUACCUACACUGCAGAGGUGACCAGUGAAACCUUUAACAAAGAGGCCUUCCUGGCCUCAAGGGGCCUCACUCGUGGCUACUGGACCCAGCUCAGCAUGCUGAUUCCAGGCCCUGGUGCCCGUAGGCACCCCCGGGGCAUCACACCAUCCCUCAGCUUUCUUCUCAGUGGAGAUCCCUACCAGCUUCUCCAAGGGGAUGGGCCUGCCUUGAUGCCCCCUGUGCCCUCAGAUCCACCCAGGGGCCUCUUUGGCUCAUGGCAGGAUUACUACACAUGGCGGGGCCUCAGCUUGGACUCCCCCAUUGCUGUGCUUCUGACCUACCCACUGACUGUAUACUACGUCAUCACUCACCUGGUGCCCCAGUCCUUCCCUGAGCUCAACAUCCAGAACAAACAAUCGCUGAAAAUCCAUGUCGUGGAAGCUGGGAAGGAGUUUGACCUUGUCAUGGUAUUUUGGGAGCUGUUGGUCUUGCUUCCCCACGUGGCCCUGGAGUUGCAGUUUGUGGGUGAUGGCCUGCCCCCAGAAAGUGACCAGCAGCAUUUUACCUUGCAGAGGGAUGGCCCUGAAGUAUCUGUCCGCUCAGGGAUAUCAGCUCGGCUCAGCUCUGGGACUAAGGAGAAGGGGGUUCGCAGGGACCUGCAGAUCAAAGUAUCUGCACGGCCUUACCACCUGCUCCAGGGACCCAAGCCUGACUUGGUUAUUGGAUUUAACUCCGGCUUCGGCCUCAAGGACACUUGGCUGAGCUCGCUGCCCCGGCUACAGUCCCUCCGGGUGCCAGCCUUCUUCACCGAGAGCAGCGAGUACGGCUGUGUGAUGGACGACCAGACCAUGGCAGUGGCCACCGGCGGGGGCACCAGCCCGCCACAGCCCAACCCCUUCCGCUCCCCAUUUCGCCUCAGAGCAACUGACAACUGCAUGCCCUGGUACUGCAACGCCUUCAUCUUCCACCUGGUCUACAAGACUCCGCAUGGGAGCGGGGCCCGCCAGGCGCCGGGGCCGGCGCCCCCAGCCCCAACUCCCGCCGCUCCUCCGGCUCCCGCCCGAAGGCGCCGCGGAGAAAAGAAACCUGGGCGGGGGUCCCGCCGGCGGAGAUGAGGGUCGAGAUAUAGCAUCGCACCCCGCCUCCCUACACGCCUCAGAAAGGAAAACGAAACACCCACGGCCAAGGGGGAGGCCGGUUGAUGGAACACGAAAAGGUAAAUAAAAUUACU